AUGAGAGAGUCAGUGGUGCGCCAGGUUGAGUUCCAAAGGAGACAGGGUCUUCGUGGAUCAGGAGUCUAUAUGAGAAGCUAUCGCCAGGGGCGAGGUGCAGUGGGUUCAGAGGAGCUGAGGGAGGCCAAAAUGGGACGCCAGUGCUGUGGGAGUACUGGGCAUGCUCAGGGAGUGUGCAGAGUUGGAGCCGGAGGACUUAAGGAGUUCCGGAUGGGUCAGUGGUGGACACUUGAAAAGGUAUGGCGUAGUCUGGAAACAAGAAAGGACUUGUCCGCAAUGGAAGUCAUGAGUAAGGUUUUCCAGUGCCGCAUGAGGCUGUCCACCGAGUAUUUUAAACGAAUGGCAUAUCAUGGGAAUUUCGGAUAUGCCAUAGGACAGUUUGGAACAACGACAAGCGCUGGCUUGAAUACAGCUAUAAAUGCAAACCCCUCGCAACGAAUUCCUCACAUCAUCCAAUCGAUGUCCGAAGCCAUGCUUUGUGUGAACACUGCAAUCCCCAGUGAUAAUGAUAAGAAAGCUCUCGACUUCAUUGACAAUGUCACCAUACAUGCUGAUCAAGUGCAGGCUCAAGUGCUUUCUGAGAUUUUGACGAGGAACGCUAAUACAGAUUACCUAAAGCGCUAUAGCCUCAAUGGUCGCACUGAUAGGGACUCUUUCGAAAAACUCUUGCCCGUUAUUACAUACGAGGAUCUGCAGCCUGAUAUUGUGCGAAUCGAUAACGGGGAUAAAUCUCCUAUUCUUUCAUCUCACCCGGUCUCCGAAUUUCUCACCAGCUCUGGAACAUCCGCUGGAGAACGCAAGCUGAUGCCCACAAUCGAAGAAGAGUUAGACCGAAGAACUCUUCUUUACAGCCUUCUCAUGCCUGUCAUGAACCAGUACAUAAAGGGGCUGGACAAGGGAAAAGGUAUGUACUUCCUCUUCAUCAAAUCUGAAACCAAGACUCCAGGUGGAUUUGUAGCUCGGCCGGUUUUAACGAGCUACUACAAGAGCCGGCACUUCAGAGAAAAGCCUUUUGAUCCCUUCAAUGUCUACACCAGCCCCAUGGAGGCCAUUUUGUGCCCCGAUUCCCACCAGAGCAUGUAUGCUCAGCUCCUCAGCGGCCUUGCCCAAAACAAACAAGUUCUCAGAGCAGGAGCCGUCUUCGCCUCUGGCUUGCUCAGAGCAAUUCAUUUCUUCGAACAGCACUGGCGAUCGCUUUGCCAUGACAUUCGAAUCGGAAGGCCAAGCGAGGAAGACGUGACCGUUUCUUCAUUAAGAAAAGCCGUGAUGAAUAUAUUGAGCCCCAAUCCUGAGCUGGCAGAGCUCAUGGAGCACGAGUACUCAAAGACGUCAUGGGAGGGAAUAAUAAAGAGGCUCUGGCCCAACACAAAUUACCUAGAAGUGAUCGUGACAGGCGCCAUGGCCCAGUACAUCCCCACCCUCGAUUUCUACAGCGGCGGACUCCCUCAGUUGUGCACGAUGUACGCCUCCUCCGAGUGCUACUUCGGCCUCAAUCUCCACCCGCUCAACAAACCGUGGGAUGUGUCGUACACUAUCAUGCCCAAUAUGGGCUACUUCGAAUUCCUUCCCCUUCGCCGCGACAAUCACAAUGGAAAAUUCGACAACCAGCCAGAGCUGGUGGAGCUCGCCUACGUUAAAGUGGGUGAGGAAUAUGAACUUGUGGUAACCACAUACGCAGGGUUGUAUCGUUACAGAGUGGGAGACGUGCUCAGGGUGACCGGAUUCCACAACUCGGCGCCGCAGUUUCACUUUGUGUGCCGGAAAAAUGUAAUGUUGAGCAUUGACUCGGACAAAACUGACGAAGUAGAGCUGCAGAGCGCGGUGAACAAGGCAACUGAGCAUCUGGAGAGUUAUGGAGCUCGAGUGAUUGAGUACACAAGCUACACAGACGUAUCUAGCAUUCCGGGGCAUUACGUUCUCUUCUGGGAGCUCAACACUUCUAAAGUGCCUGAUGAAGUGUUGCAGCAAGGUUGUCUUACUGUAGAAGAGAAUUUAAAUUCGGUCUACAGGCAAGGCAGAGCCGCUGAUAAAUCCAUCGGCCCUCUGGAGAUAAAAAUGGUAGAAAGUGGGACAUUUGAUGAGUUGAUGGACUAUGCUCUAAGCCGAGGGGCAUCCAUAAAUCAAUACAAGGCACCUCGCUGCGUGAAGUUCGCUCCAAUAGUGGAGCUACUCAAUUCUAGAGUCAUAGCGUCCUAUUUCAGCCCCAAGUGUCCCAAAUGGACACCUGCGCGCGCCAACUGGGAAACUUCUUCCAAAUCUUUCUAA